AUGCCCGUUCUCACCACUGACAGCUCGCCACGGAUGAUGAGCCAUUACCGCACGAAGCAACAGAUCACCCUGGAGCUGGAGCUGCAAAUGACGUCAGACCAGGUGCGAGAGCUGACUACAACGCCCACCACAAAGGAGUUCCUGAGCCUCUUACACCUGCCAGCACCCUCCACAUACAGCUCCAACGAGCCCGCUCUCUCCAUUCCUCCCACGUCGUCCAAAGCUCCUCAUUCGGCCUCAGCACAGAACCUGCCCAAACUGUCUGCUCCUCCAUGGCUCCCCAAGCUCCCUGACCCGCCCUGGUGGACCUCCACAGCGAAGAUUUCUCAACCUGAAUCCCGAACUUAUAUGGUCCAUGAGAGGGACUCUGAUAAAAACAUUAUUAAAAGAUAUCAAGCCAUCAGCAGCGACUACAGCAACUCCGGAUAUGAUCGUGGACUCCUGAACCCCAACAGCUUUCAUUGUGAAGAAAGUCGUAAGGCAACUUUCACACUGACCAAUGCUGCACCUAUAGAUGCAGGCUUUAACCGUAUCCACUGGAAGAACUGGGAGAGUGCGCUGAGGAGUUUCUUAAGAAGCAGGCUUGACGGUGAUGGUGGUUCUGCAGCAGUCUUCACUGUCACAGGUACAGUUUCCCAAGUUAAAAAAAAUUCACAACAAGUACCUGGUGACGAUGCACAGAUACCACAGCGGGGAACCUCUGAAGACCCAGAAAGAGUGACGGUGCCCUCUCACAUCUGGACAGCCGUCUGUUAUAAACACCACCUUAAUGACUCAAAGUCAUUUUCCUUCGGUUAUAUUGGGAAAAACCAGCCAGAAGGUGACAUAAGCCUGAUGAGAGUCUCAGACCUGGAUGAUCAACUCAGCAGACUCUAUAGUGAGCUGUUAAAAACUCCUCAGUUAAUUAGGAUUUUUGUUGAUAAUUGUUUUGAUGACAGUAAAAAAUUAAAUGAAAUUCAGGGUGUAUUUGACAAAUUAAUAAAUCUGCUAGCGAACCAAGGAGACCAGAUGGCCACAGAUGUGAAGAACAUGUCUCACACGCUGAAAAAGGUCGUCAGAAGUUCCCUGCACCCAUACUUAACAGUUAGUGGGUACUGGUGCAGGAAUAAUCACCCUUGUGGCACAUAUGGUAAGGACUACUACUGGUGCUGGACCACUUCUAGUUUCUUAUACUUUUUCAGCAGAUGGGACUACUGCAGCCCUCCACUGGAGGGAAGUAGAGCUAAAAAUGGGCAGUACUGCCAAAGCAACUACGCCUGUAGCACAUAUGGUAAAGGAUAUAAGUGGUGCUACACUGAAAAUGGCAGUAGUGAGUUGUGCUGUACUUCUGAUGACUGUCACUCAGCUGUGUAUGACAAGACCUGCUGGAAAAAUCACCCCUGUGGAUUCCAUGGCUAUAAUUACCUGUGGUGCUAUACUGAUAAAAAAGCCAAGUGGCAAUACUGUUGCAAAGACUGUGGUCAGUAG